GCAGCGGCGCGGGGCCAUCAGCGGCGCCCGCUGUGCUGCCGGCAUCGGGGUUCCGAGGUCACGGCGAAACAGAGAGGCCGCCGCAAAAAUGAAGCGAAACUCGGGAAAUCGGUCUUUUAAUGAGCUGGGCUGGCCGGAGUCCAUACCCUAUCUGGAUAGGCCUCCGUCCCCACUGGAGUUUUAUCGAGAGUGGGUGAGUCCGAAUAAACCCUGCAUCAUUCGCAACGCCAUCAGCCACUGGCCGGCUCUGAAGAAAUGGACCUCAGCGUAUCUCAGGGAGGUGGUAGGUCCCAAGGUGGUGAGUGUGGCAGUGACACCAAAUGGUUAUGCAGAUGCAGUGUUUCAGGACCGUUUUGUCAUGCCAGAGGAGCGCCAAAUGCCUUUCAUGGACUUUUUGGACAUUGUGGAGAAGAAAGUGACCUCUCCCAACGUAUUCUAUGUGCAGAAGCAGUGUUCAAACCUCACUGAGGAGUUUCCUGAACUUAUCUGUGAUGUGCAGCCUGACAUACCGUGGAUGAGUGAGGCACUGGGGAAGAAGCCUGAUGCUGUGAAUUUCUGGCUUGGGGAGGCAGCUGCUGUGACAUCUUUACAUAAAGACCAUUAUGAGAACUUGUACUGUGUGAUAUCUGGAGAGAAACAUUUUCUACUGCAUCCACCAAGUGACCGUCCCUUCAUCCCAUAUGAGCUCUAUCAGCCAGCAACCUACCAUGUAUCAGAAGAUGGUUCAUUUGAAAUUGUGGAUGAGAAGACUGCAGAGAAGGUGCCCUGGAUCCCUCUGGACCCCUUGAACCCAGAUCUAGAACUGUAUCCAGAGUAUGCUCAGGCAAAACCUUUGCAGUGUACAGUGAAAGCUGGCGAGAUGUUAUAUCUACCUUCCCUCUGGUUCCACCAUGUUCAGCAAUCACAUGGCUGUAUUGCAGUGAAUUAUUGGUAUGACAUGGAAUAUGACAUUAAAUACAGCUAUUAUCAACUACUAGAUUGCCUCACAAAAACUGUGAAAAUGCUAUAGCAAAGGUGGGAGGCUCGAGCUUGUGAUGUCUGUUUCUGAUAUGAUACAAUCAUCAGCAUCUGUGACUGGAGUACAAACAUGAUUCCCCCAAAAAGAACUGAACUUUAAAUUAUGGUCAACAAUGUCUGCUGAACACAUCGUGGCUAUUUUACUUGGUUUCAGAAUCCAUAUCAAUUGGUCAGAUUUUUUGGCUUGUGAGUAGAACUUUGGUAAUAGGACUUUUAGUCCUUUGCAUGUUACCUCGGGUGAGCAAAAUAAAAUGUGAAGGGAGACAAUCCAGGUUUUGAAAAUCCCAAAAUGGAAGCCCUGUUUCUUCAGAUCUACAGAUUGUUUUUGUAACAACCCAAGCAGACAAUGAUCAGGCUGCAACAGUCUAAUGUAUGCAUUCUGCUUAAGACAAAGGUCUGUUGUAAUUCUCUAAGUUCAGUGGCUGUGGUGUUUUGAUGGUGAGAAUCUACAACUUCUGCAAUAAAUAGGUCAGUUUAAAGCUUAUUUCUGUACUAUUUAAUUUUUUUUCCCCCAAAGUAGAUAAUGGCUGAAGGACAUCUAGGAGUAUAUGCAAAAGUCAAUGUUGGCUAUUUUCCAAUAAAAGCAACACAUUUUUA